AAGAGCUAAUUGCCUUUGUUGUAGAUUUUGACUCAAGGCUGCAAGCUGCCACUCAGAUGACUCUAACAGAGGGGAUGUAUCCUGCUCGAUUGCUGGACUCCAUACAGUUGCUCCCUCAACAAGCUGCCAUGGCCUCCAUUUUGCCGACGGCCAUUGUCAACAAGGAUAUCUUCCCCUGUAAGUCUUGUGGUAUUUGGUAUCGGAGCGAGCGAAAUCUGCAGGCUCACCUCAUGUACUACUGCAGCGGGAGACAACGAGAAGGAGCUCAACUAUCAGAAGAAAAUGACGAGAGUAUUCAGCAGAUAUCUAGCGUCUGUCCUUUUCCACAGUGCACCAAAAGCUUUUCGAAUGCCAGGGCCCUGGAAAUUCAUCUAAAUUCUCACAGUGGAGUAAAAAUGGAAGAGUUUCUUCCCUCUGGCGCGAAUCUGAAAUGCACAGUUUGCAGCUACACUGCAGACUCCGUGAUCAACUUCCAUCAGCACCUGUUCUCACAUCUCACUCAAGCUGCCUUUAGAUGUACUCACUGCCAUUUUGGCUUCCAGACUCAAAGGGAGCUGCUGCAGCACCAAGACCUUCAUGUUCCAGGCAACAAGCUGCAGCGAGAAAGCGACACUGAACACUCUCCAAGUGGCAAUGAAGAGGCUUUGCAGUCAGCUACAGAUCCACUGAACAGAAAUGAUGGCUCCCAGGGUCAAAAGCCAAUGCACACAAAGGAUGCGAGUUCUGACACUGAGCUUGACAAAUGUGAAAAAAAGACUCCCCUUUUCCUUCCCAGUCAGAGGCCAGAAACACAACCCACCACAACCAAGCAAAGCUUUUCCUAUACUAAAAUUAAAUCUGAACCCUCUAGCCCACGGCUUGCUUCUUCCCCAGUGCAGCCUAAUUUAGGCCCAUCUUUCCCCAUGGGGCCUUUUCUUUCGCAGUUUGCUUUCCCCCAGGACAUCACAGUGGUUCCUCAGGCUUCGGAGAUCUUAGCCAAAAUGUCUGAGCUGGUUCAUCGGCGGCUGAGGCACGGAAGUAACAGCUACCCCCCUGUCAUUUACAGCCCGCUAAUGCCAAAAGGAGCUACCUGUUUUGAGUGCAACAUAACAUUCAACAAUUUGGACAACUACUUAGUACACAAAAAACAUUACUGUAGCAGUCGAUGGCAACAGAUGGCAAAGUCACCGGAUUUCACCAGUGUUUCAGAAAAGCUGCCUGAGGCUGUUAGUCCCAACAAUGGUCAAAAUUCAAUCAAUAUUUUGAAUGCCACGCCUCACACUUCAGACCCAGAAAAUCAGCUCCUUCAGGCAUCCUGUAUCAACUCCUCUACUGUAUUAGACAUGAUUGGGCCAAACAGUAAGGGGCAUGAAAAAGACUUUUCUUCACAGGUGAAGAAGCUGUCAAAUGCUGCCAACAACGAUGAUAAAAUUAAUGGGAAACCUUUGGAUGGCAAGAACCCAACUACUGGUCCACUAAUAGAAGGAGAAAGUGAUCCCAACAAAACCACAUGCGAAGCUUGCAAUAUUACUUUCAGUAGGCAUGAAACGUACAUGGUUCACAAGCAGUAUUACUGUGCUACACGCCAUGAUCCUCCACUUAAGAGAUCUGCUUCCAGCAAAGUGCCUGCCAUGCAGAGGACAAUGCGUACCCGCAAGCGAAGGAAGAUGUAUGAGAUGUGCCUACCAGAGCAGGAGCAGAGGCCACAACUCGUUCAACAGCGAUUUCUUGAAGUGGCUAAUCUUGCAAACCCAUGUACAUCUUCACAGGAGCCAACAGAUAAUCUAGGAGAGUGCUACCAUCCACGAUGCGAUAUCUUUCCAGGAAUAGUUUCAAAGCAUUUAGAAACGUCAUUGUCCAUUAAUAAAUGUGUCCCCGCCUCAAAAUGUGACACGCCACAUUCAACAGUUUCUUGCUUGGAGAUGGAUGUACCUAUAGAUCUAAGCAAAAAAUGUUUGUCCCAGUCUGAUAGGACAUCCACUUCCCCUAAAAGGUUGUUGGACUACCAUGAAUGCACCGUGUGCAAGAUCAGUUUUAACAAGGUAGAGAAUUACUUGGCCCAUAAGCAGAAUUUUUGUCCUGUCACUGUGCAUCAACGUAAUGAAAUGGGACAGCUGGAUGGCAAGGUAUUUCAAAACCCAGAAAGUGAACGCAACAGCCCUGAGGUCAGCUAUGAACGAAGCAUAAUCAAAUGCGAUAAAAAUGGAAACUCAAAACAGUCAUCUCCCAAUGGAAACUUGUUUUCUACACAUUUAGCAACUCUUCAAGGACUUAAAGUCUUUAGUGAAGCUGCUCAGCUAAUUGCUACAAAAGAAGAAAACAAACACUUGUUUCUUCCACAAUGCCUUUAUCCAGGAGCAAUAAAGAAAGCUAAAGGAGCAGAUCAGCUUUCUCCAUAUUACGGAAUAAAGCCAAGCGAUUAUAUUUCCAGUUCCCUUGUUGUUCAUAAUAAUGAUGCAGAUCAAAGUACAAAUGCAGAAAGUGAAUCUCUGAAGAGCCAGACCCCCUCAAAUGGGUGCCCUGUACAGAAGAAGGAAUCUCUGCCACUUCUGCCAAAAAACAGAGGCAUGGUAAUAGUUAAUGGUGGACUAAAACAGGAAGAAAGGCCUGUGGCCAAUCCACAGCAAGAGAACAUUUCCCAGAAUCCUCAGCAGCAUGAAGAUGGACAUAAAUCUCCAUCUUGGGCCUCUGAUAAUGCUUUAGCUGCCAAUGAAAAUGUCUCUCCAACAAUUCCUGCAGCAGAAGAACAAUUAUCUAGUAUAUCAAAAGGUGUGAAUGGUUCUACGCAGGCUCCUACAAGUGGAAAGUAUUGUCGUCUGUGUGACAUCCAAUUCAACAACCUAUCAAACUUUAUAACUCAUAAGAAGUUUUAUUGCUCAUCACAUGCAGCAGAACAUGUCAAAUAAAAUCCCUGGUCCUCCUUUGGUACCUGUGUUUAGUACAUUAUUCCAUACAGUUGAAAGAGAGAGCUGUUUGUAUUACUUCUGGACAAUCAGGCGUUUAUUCAUUAUUGCUGAGUUGAAGACUUUAAAGGUGUACUUCCAUCUCAGUCCAUUAGUAAAGUGUAAUCUUGGUGCCAUUUUCA